AUGGACGGCUUCGCUCCCCGCAGAGACGAGGAGGCCGAGAGAAAUCUCAUCACCCGGGCAGUCGAAUUCCUCGAUCCCAAUGAUCAAAAUGUUCGCAGCUACAGAUCAGACAUUGUGCUCAUGCUGCAGAAGAACCAGAGGCGGCUGGUAGUUAAUCUCGACCAUGUCCGUGACCACAGUUCUGAGCUGGCCGAGGGUAUCCUCCUGGACCCUUUUGAGCACACGUUGGCUUUCAACCACGCCCUGAAACAGAUUGUGAAAACUGUUGCGCAAGCACGCCCCGACCAGAUCGCUGACGACAUCCCAUACUACUGCGCCUGGGCUGGUAGCUUCGGUCUGCAUGCGUGCAAUCCCCGAACGCUCUCGUCCCAACAUCUGAAUCACAUGGUCUCCAUCGAAGGAAUCGUCACACGAUGCUCCCUGAUCCGACCCAAGAUCGUGAAAAGUGUCCACUACAGUGAAGAGCAAAAUAUGUUCUUCUACAGGGAAUAUCGCGACCAGACAAUGACCAACGGCGUCACGACAUCAAGUGUCUACCCCCAGGAAGAUGACAAGGGCAACCCAAUGAACACGGAGUAUGGUCUCUGCACCUACCGUGAUCACCAGACCAUCUCCAUCCAGGAGAUGCCCGAGCGAGCGCCCGCAGGUCAGCUGCCCCGUGGUGUCGAUGUCAUUCUCGACGAUGACCUGGUCGACAGGGUCAAGCCGGGUGAUCGAGUGCAGCUUGUCGGCAUCUUCAGGACUCUCGGAAACCGAAACACAAACCAUAACAGUGCAAUCUUCAAGACCGUACUUCUCGCAAACAACGUCGUUCUACUGUCGUCCAAAUCGGGUGGUGGAGUAGCUACCGCAACCAUCACGGACACGGACCUGCGCAACAUCAACAAAAUCGCCAAGAAGAAGAACCUAUUGCAGCUCCUUUCUCAGUCUCUGGCCCCAAGUAUCUAUGGUCAUGACUACAUCAAGAAGGCGAUUCUGCUCAUGCUGCUAGGUGGCAUGGAAAAGAACCUCGAGAACGGAACUCAUCUUCGUGGUGAUAUCAACAUCCUGAUGGUGGGAGAUCCUUCGACAGCCAAGUCACAGCUCCUGCGGUUCGUGUUGAACACUGCACCUCUGGCUAUUGCCACCACCGGCCGUGGCUCCUCCGGUGUUGGUCUGACGGCUGCCGUUACCUCGGACAAGGAGACGGGCGAGCGCCGCCUCGAGGCUGGUGCCAUGGUUAUGGCGGAUCGUGGUGUUGUCUGUAUUGAUGAGUUCGACAAGAUGUCUGACAUCGAUCGUGUCGCCAUUCACGAAGUAAUGGAACAGCAGACCGUCACCAUUGCCAAGGCGGGCAUUCACACCUCCCUGAACGCGCGGUGUAGCGUCAUUGCGGCUGCCAAUCCAAUCUUUGGCCAAUAUGACGUCCACAAGGAUCCGCACAAGAACAUCGCACUUCCCGACUCGCUACUCUCUCGUUUCGAUCUGUUGUUUGUUGUGACUGACGACAUCGAGGACACCCGCGAUCGUGAGGUGUCGGAGCACGUUCUGCGCAUGCACAGGUACCGCCAGCCUGGAACUGAGGAAGGCGCUCCUGUCCGUGAAAACACACAGCAGUCUCUCGGUGUGGGUAUACAGAGCCAGAACGACACUCAGAAGCCUACCGAGGUCUUUGAGAAGUACGAUUCGCUGCUGCAUGCCGGCGUCACCAACACUCGCGGCCGCGGGGCCAACAAGACCCCCGAGGUCCUGAGCAUCGCAUUCAUGAAGAAGUACAUCCAGUACGCCAAGACCAGGAUAAAGCCCGUCCUCACGCAGGAGGCCUCGGACCGCAUCGCCGAGAUCUAUGUCGGUCUGCGGAACGACGAGAUGGAGGGCAACCAGCGCCGCACGAGUCCUAUGACCGUCCGUACGCUGGAGACGAUCAUCCGUCUCUCCACGGCCCAUGCCAAGUCCCGCCUCUCCAGCCGGGUGGAGGAGCGCGACGCGCUUGCUGCCGAGGGCAUCCUCCGUUUUGCUCUGUUCAAGGAAGUCAUCGAGGACGAGUCGCGCAAGAAGAGGAGGAAGACCCGCCCCGUCGAGUCCGACUCCUCCAGCGAAGAAGACUCUGAUGAGAGCGACGAUGACGGCGACUCGCGUCCCGCCACUGCUCGCUCCAGCGCAGCCCGGGCGGCGAGGGCAAACGCUCGCGCAUCUCGCACGGCGGCUGCCCGACGUGGUGGUGCCAGCGGGCGGACCGCUGGAAGUUCGCAGGCCGUACCUGAGGACGACGAAGAUGACGAUGACGAGGAAGAGGAGGACGAGGAGCCUGCCCCAACCGCGCCGAGGCGGUCUGGCCGCACUGCUGCCGGAUCUUCGGCCAACAACGGCCAGUCAUCGCAAAUAUCCUUCGCUUCCUCCAUGCCGGCCUCGCAGCUCGAGUCGCAGACGCAGGACGACGACGAGGAAGACGAGCUGGCGACCGGCGCCGCCUCUCUCAGCAUCAGCGCCGCCGAGAUCAGCGAGGAGCGCCUGAGCGCCUUCCGCACGACGCUCGGCCGGCUGCAGAACUCGGACCUCUUUGAGGACGACGCUGCCGACCUGGACGAGCUGAUCGAGGCCGUCAACGACAAGGUGCCCGCGUCGAGCGGCGGCGCCUUCUCCAAGGAUGAGGCCGUCAAGGCGCUCAAGAAGAUGGAUGCUAGAAACGAGAUUAUGUACUCUGAUGGCGCUCUUGUAUACAAGAUCUAA